GUUUCAUGAGUGGCUGUAUUUUCAAAAUGGGGAAAAUGUCUUGAGCGUUUAGACGUGGGAGAAUUUAGGCGCUUGCGUGGUUUUAUUGUGUGUUUACAGUCUGUCGCUGUAGGUGUAAACCUGGCCUAAACAUGCUAGUUUGUAAUGAAACUGAUGAUCAUUUACAGACAUGUGACGAAUUGAUUGUUUACCACACUUCAGGUCCAGGAGGGUUCUGAAUGCAGUUUGUCAGUCCAGUGUGGUUGAGACAUGGCAGAAGAUCAGUUAAAGGCAGACGCCUCGGCUGGGGAGGGGGAGACGGAGCCCAGUAUGCUGCUACAGAAGCUUAAGAGCAACAUUUCUAAAAAUGUGCAGGGCAAAGUGGACAAAAUUUUGGAAGAUGUACAGCGUUUCUCUGACAACGACAAGCUCUACCUUUAUCUACAGCUACCCUCAGGUCCUAGUGCAGGAGAGAAGAGUGGUGAUUCAAACUCGGUCAACACAGCAGACCAGCUUCACACCUGCAACUGGAUCCGUAGCCACUUGGAAGAACAUCCUGACACCUGCCUGCCUAAGCAAGAUGUUUACGAGACAUACCGGAAGCACUGUGACAACUUACAGCAUCGGCCUCUAAGUGCAGCAAAUUUUGGCAAAAUCAUCCGAGACAUCUUCCCUAAUAUUAAAGCACGAAGGCUUGGCGGUAGAGGACAGUCCAAAUACUGCUAUAGUGGGAUACGUCGAAAGACCGUGUUAAACAUGCCAUUACUGCCCAACCUGGACCUCAAAAAUGACCCGUCUGAACUGACAGAACUGGUGCAAACCUACAAGCAAGAGGUCACCGAAGCAGCCUGUGAGCUCAUCUGCGACUGGGCCCAAAAGAUCCUGAAGCGUUCUUUUGACACAGUGGUAGAAAUUGCACGCUUUCUCGUGCAGGAGCACAUCGUCAACCCACGCUGCAGCCAAGCCGAGCUCGUCACCUCAGCCGCUCUUGCAGGUGGACCUUCCAAACCUCAUAAGGCAAUGAAAAAGAUUCCAGCAGCUUCCCGAGCAGGUGGAGCAGAGGAGGAUAGUGGCAGUGCGGAAAAUAAGCAAAAAGAGAAAGACGGUGUGGAACAGCCGACAUCCAAUAAGCAGCAGGUCAGUGAUAAACCGACCAACAAGGUGGAGUCAGCUCGAGUGGAGGCCUACAUGAAGAAGCUGCCUCAGCUCCUUCCCAGGGGCACCGUUCCAGAGAAAACCUCCCCACCGUGUCUGGCACCAGCCGAUUCGGGAAGCGUUCAAGUCACGUUGCCCAUUACCGUCACAACGAUACCCUCUCAACCAGGCGGCACCGUCCCUCUUAUGAUUCUGCCAUCGGGCAUGCUCUCUUACCCUGAGCGUGAGAAAACUUCAAGCACAGUCACCACUUCCGCUGCUCCCACCCCGGUCGUCCAGAGAGCGCGACCGGCGGCUCCAAAGAGGGGGCCUGACCCCUCCACCUCAGUGUCAGUCACUGGUGUUGCUCUGAAACGCAAAAGAGGACGACCCAGGAAGCCAAGACCUGAAGACGUGGCGCCGCAGGUACCGCCAAACCCCAAUCCAAAUCCAGCUUUGGCCACAAGAGGAGUAAUCCAAAAGGCCAUGCCUUCCUGUGCUCCCACAACUCCUUCACAGUUGGUCGAAAUUGUGUUCCCGGACCAGCAAAGCUUGAUGCUUAGCCAGCUUUCCACCAUCCAGGAAGUGACAGACGCUGAGCAUAGAGGCGUAGUGAUGCAGUGUCAUCCUGCACCAGAACCUGAGAAGCAGCAGUCCGUCCUGCUAAUGCAAGGGCCCAACCAACCCGGUUACGAGCUGACCAGCCGGAGGAUGGUCAUUCAACGGGCGCCGUUAUCCAGAGAAGGAAGGCCCGUUUCUAUAGAAGUGCCGCAGUCCGCCAUCUCGUACCUCCCGCCUGCAACGUUAUUAGAGGACAGAGGAGAAGUGGAAAUUACUCUGACUCCUGUGGAGCCACAGGCCGAUUCCAUGCCAAACUCAGCAGGUAUUCCCAGCUGCUUCGGCUCCUUGUCUGGAGAAACCCCCAAACCUGACGCCCCGUAACAGCAGCACAGCAACCGUCUCCUUUCUCAGAGACUCCGUGAUCUCAAUGCCUUUCCAGUGCUUCUGUGAAUUGCAUAUUAGCUUGUAGUCAAACUAAGGUUUACCAUCUUGGCUGAGCUUGAGUGGGUAUGUCUGCUUUAUGUGUUAAAAAAAAAAAAAAAAAAAAAAAUUGUAUAGAAGUACAACCUGUCAUUGUUGCCUUUAAACAGCAACUACACUCAUAUUUUCAUAUGAAUAACAUGAAACAUAAGUGAAUUCCUGAAGAUUUCAGGAAUGCUUUUGAAGAGAUUAUGAAUUUAAGUGACCUAAAACAAAUGACUAAAAGGAAGAGUGAAUUUUAGUGUAUUGGAAAUUGAACAGAUAUACUCGCAAAUAACAGUCCGAUCUGGCCCAGCUCAGUUUUAAACAUCUAAAAAAAGACAAUUCAUAGUUACCGAAGAACUGCUUACCAUCCGUCGGCAUUUAUCACCAUGCUCAGUGCCAUAAAAGGGCAGUCGACCUUUUAUUGCUCUAACCAUCAUUGCAUGUUUGUGUUUGUAAACAUGAAUCGAGAUAUUUCAGUGUGUUUGUAGCUGUUCAGAUGACAAAGAGUGAUAUUACGGGUUUGCAACUUCAGGGUUCUAAAAAAGUCCCUCUCUUGCCCAACGAUUGGGUUAAUAGUUAUGCGUUCAGUGUUUUAACUAUUAUUAACGUCACAAAUAGAUACAGAUAUACAAAGCUUGGAAAUUACUACAUCAAGUUGCUGUUGCGAAGGUCAAGACGACACUACUGGUUCAGAUGGUGCACAAUGUAGGUGGACAGAAAAACAAUAACCUCUUAAGUCCCUUUAAAUAUGCAAAUGAGGCUGUGAUUUCAGGAUCGUUCUCAAACCCCCCCUCGUUCAGGUCUGUCCAGUUGUUUUCUUACAGCAGCAGAAAUAGCACUUAACAGAUGUAAAUAGUUUAUCCGUGAGCCCAGAAGAAUAUCUUCAAUAGGUAAAGCAUACCAGAACUAAUUUAAAACGUUUUAUUUUCCAAAUGUAUAGCCAUCGUCACUAUAUUGCUACUAUGAUGAAAUACUAUUCUUAUUAUUAGUUACUAGUAAAGUGUGCACUGUCACCCUAAAAGCAUGUACAAAAAAUUUGAAGAUGUUAAAUUUCUAAAAUUUGAUUAUAUUUAAAUUUAGACUAUUAGACUAUUUAUUUAUACAAAUUUUACAAAGUUUGCGCCACAACAGCUUCUCUUUGUGUUGAUUAUCUCUUAAAAGAGAAUUUUGCUCUAUUUUUAUAGCCUUGAAAUACACUACUUUUAUUAGUGGUUUAUGUUUCAGAUAUUACACUUGAUCUUAGCCAAAAGUCCAUAAAUGUGAGAAAAAUUGUUGUAAUAAAAUUGUCAUUUAUUUUGUAAUUUCAUAAUUAUUUAAAAAAAAAAAAAAGAUAAUAAUAAUAAUAAUGGAAUGGAAUGGCACAAUAGAUUUGUUUAUUAUUUGAUGUGCUUUAUUAAAUUCAAAAGUAUUGAAAGGCUAUGAAUUUGGGGGGAAAUUUUCCUUUAAAGUUGAUUUAAGAUGAUAUAAUCUCAGCAGAGGCUGCUGAUGGUUAAAGAGGUUAAAUAGGCACUUAAUUUAGUGUUAGUUCACCCAAAAAAAAAAUUCCGCCAUCAAUUACUCACCCUCAUGUCGUUCCACACCCGUAAGACCUUCGUACAUCUUCAGGAUA